AUGCUGCAGACGCACCUCGCGGGCCAGCAGAGCAGCGGCGUGAUCAACAACGUGGCGCUGUUCGACAAGGACACCAAGGCCGCCGUCGCGACCACGCUGCCGUCCUUCGCCACCGCGUUCAAGGCCGAGCAGCUCGAGAAGCUCCUCGAUAUCUUCACAAGUCUCUCUUCGCCCGCUGCGCCGAAGCUCGACGCCAGCGAGAUCGAGCUGGCCAGCUCGACGUACACGCUCAGCGGCCCGCGUGGCGCCCAGCACCCGCUCGAGAUGGCCACGCUGCACUCGGAGACGAACGUGCUGUUCAUUACGUUGUCGGCCACGCUCAUGGUCGUGUUCGAGGCCGCGCCCGGCGCCGACACGCAGGAGAAGACGCCGGCCAAGGAGGCCCUCUACUCCGCCGUGCGCAGCUUCACGAUGGCCAUCACGGAGAAGGGCGUCUGA